CAGACAUUGAGGCUGCGGACUUUCGACCUCGAAACACUGUUCCUGUAUGUUUAUUUCCCGUGUCCAUCUUGUGAUCUUUCUCUAGCAAAACCCUCGUCAAUCCCACGUCACUCGUUACCCUUGUACAUCAUUAAACCCUCUUCCCGAUCCCGAUCAAAGCGAUAUUUUGUCCCUGAUAACCAAGCACAACCCGCCGGUCGGGAGAAGCAUGUGAAAGCCGCCUUCGAGAAUGGUCAAGGCCGGUACACGAUAUGGUGUUGUGCUCGACGCUGGGUCAUCUGGCACGAGAGUCUACAUAUACCGAUGGCUCGACAACUCUGUGGCUCGCCUAGACGAAUCCGCUCUUCACGCUUUACCAGAAUUAGAGACGAACGACAAAUGGACGAAGAAAAUCCAUCCUGGAGUGUCUACAUUCGGCGACGACCCCGAAUCAGUCGGCCCGAAACACUUGAAGCCUCUUCUCAAGCAUGCGCUUAAACACAUCCCCAAAGAUGCCGUACCCGAGACGCCGGUUUUCUUGCUCGCCACCGCAGGCAUGCGGUUAUUACCCGAACAACAACAACGAGACGUCCUGCGCAACGUUUGCUCCUACAUACAGUCUGAGACAAAGUUCUUGGUGCAAGAAUGCGAUGUCCAUAUACAAGUUAUACCGGGGGAGACAGAAGGAUUGUAUGGAUGGAUAGCCGCAAAUUACCUGCUUGGAGCAUUCAACUCGCCUGGCGACCAUGAUCAUGGGAAGGGACAUCAUACAUACGGAUUUCUGGACAUGGGCGGUGCUUCUGCGCAAAUUGCCUUUGCACCAAAUGCCACAGAAGCAGAAAAGCAUGCGAAUGACCUGACGCUGUUGAGACUGCGGACAGUUGAUGGUGUUCCACAAGAGCACAGAGUAUUCGUCACGACCUGGCUUGGGUUUGGGGCGAAUGAGGCCCGGAGACGGUACGUCGAAGAUCUUGGGGAGACAUACGGGCGCGAGGGAAUAUUCGAGUUGCCGGAUCCAUGCCUACCGAAGGGCUUGAAGGUGAAACAAGAUGGCACGAUAAUAUCGGCCCGUGCGCCAACAAGCGCAUCUAAGAAUUCCUUGGUUGGAACUGGCAACUUUGAGGAAUGCCUGCGGCGGACAUUUCCUUUACUCGAAAAAGACGUGCCAUGUCCGGACGAACCGUGCCUGGUGCACGGGGUCCAUGUGCCAGCGAUUGACUUUGAUGUGAAUCAUUUCAUCGGAAUCAGCGAAUACUGGCACACGACGCACGAUAUCUUUGAAAUGGAACACCAAGACAAGGCCUAUGACUUCAACACGUAUCAAAACCGGGUCAAAGAGUUCUGUGAAAAAGACUGGUCUGCGAUCGAAGACGGGUUAAAACAUAAAACAUGGGGCAAGGGAGUCGAUGACCGGACCGCAAUGGAAGUCUGUUUCAAGGCCAGCUGGCUGAUCAACAUGCUACAUGAAGGCAUUGGUAUUCCCCGCGUCGGUAUUGAAGACACCUCAUCGUCUCACAACGGGACGAAAGAGUUGCUGGAAAGCGGCAAAGCCAAGGGAUUUCUCGACCCGUUCCAGGCCGUAAAUAAAAUAAAGUCCACCGAAGUCAGCUGGACACUGGGCAAAAUGAUUCUCUACGCAUCCGCAGAAAUCCCCCCUGCGACUGAUGGAGACUUGCCCGUCGGCUUCGGCAGUAAUGUCCCCGGUAUACCAAAGGACUUCCAAUAUCCCAGCGGUGGAAAACUGCAAGACAUCCCGGACUACCACCUCGGUUCCGACUACCGUCCCCCUUCUUCCAACGACGAGUCACAAAGUCUUACCGAUCAAAUCCACGACACUUUAUUCAACGCCGACGCGCCCCACCGACUUCCUGGCUUUAUUUUCUUCCUGCUCAUCCUUUUCAUCGCCACUUUCUACCUUUGCGGCCGCGACCGUCGCGCGCGCUUUUACCACUCCCUUUCGUCAUCUUCGCACCGCAUGGCCAAUGGCAAAUCGUCCUUUCUCGGUUCCUUGUUCCACCAUCGUCCCCACGUCCGUGACCUCGAAGACGGGACCUCCUCGCGGCUCUACGACCCCAGCGACUUCGAGCUCGAGAAUGUUUCUUCUGCAUCAUCCUCCGAUGACGAUGGGACCGGGCUAGAUCCAGACGUGGCUUUCCGCAACUUCAAAUCCUCCGCCGCCCCUACUACGGCCAGUAGCCGAACAUCUCCCUCGAAACCGAAACGAAAUCUGGGCCGUUUGACUCCCGACGUCAUGGACCGAAGAGGUCUUGUUGUCCGGACUGAAAGCCGUGAGCGCCUCGGGCUUGAUCCUGCUGCCAAUGGUCGCUCGAAGAGCAGGACUGGCAGUCCGACCAGGCUGUAAUCUUGGACAAGUCCGGUGAUCUUUCACUAGAUUCCCGGUUAGAAAUUGUUUGGCCGGGCCUCAGUUGGAGAGUUACAGUUGGAUACUAGAAAGCCGUUUUCGGACUAUUUAUUCGGCAUUGGUAUACCUUUUAAUGAUUGGAAUGGAAUGAAUGAGCGACACGACUAAAACAUCGCUUUCUCUGGAUUUGUUUACAUAUAUACAUACACUGUAGUCUCUUUCAAUUCGUCCCAUUCCCCACCGCACCCUUUUUCAGAGUGACACCAAUGGCCUCUGGCAAAUUGAACUCCGGAAUCCCACGCUCGGACUCUGGCUCUCGAAUGGGCCGCAGCAGACUCGAGCUCGUGCCGCCGCUGUUGCCGGCCUUGCCACGCUCCCGUUCGCGCUCCUUCAGCGCGGCUUGCUGCGCUGGCAGCGUGGCCGUGACUUCGCGGAAGAAGGCAUCGAGACGGUCACGAUCUUGACAGAAGGCCUCGAGUUCGUCUUUGAUCUGCUCGGGCGUGACGUAUUGCGCGAUGCCGGAUCUGACUAGCCCACCACGACGGUUGGUACUGCUAGUGGCCCCGCCACCACCACCACCACCACCACCGCCGCCGAUGCCGCCGGCGCCUGUUGCAAAGACGUCGGCUAUGACCUGGGGCUGCUGCUGAACUGGGACUUGAUGGUGGUGAUGAUAAUGAUGGUUAUCGCCACCUGCACCACCACCAGCACCAGCACAAUUGUUCGCCGCCGGUGAAUUGCUGUCAAUAUUUGAAUUCGAGGUGCUGCUGUUGUUGGUGUUGUUGUUCGACAAACUAAGAGAUGUGGUAAUGCUAGUUGCCACUGAGACGGGGCGGAUGAGUGGCGAUGCAAAGGGCCCGGUUUGAGGAGAUUGUACGUUCAGUCCGAUGAUUCCAGACGCCUGCAUUGAUGGUGCUGGCGGCGCCGAGUGUGUGCUUGCUGGAAUGGGAGGGCGGAGCAGCGUCGAGCCCGAAGUCGAAUUCAAGUUGGCCGUGGCGUCUUUUUUGAUGUUUUCGAAUCUUGACACGGCCUGAUUGGUCAAGGCCUGGCGUGAGUUGUAGAGUCGAUUUGCCAGCAGCAGAAGAUCACCUUCGUCCGUGAUCUGGGCGAGAACGAUGCCUGACCGAUGCACAAAUUGCGUGUACCGGUAGUCGAGCUUGCCCCAGGAGUAUUGAAUCUCGACGUUCUCCGGAAACUCAGAGACCGCUUCGAGAUCGAGCACGAAAUUGAACCGUUUCAGUAGGGCUUUCUGAUAUAAAUGAUUAUCCGAAUUCAGUGCGGCUUGAGGCCCGAAUGAAGUAGCGGUAUAGUAUACGUUGGCCGGAGAAUUUCGGCGAGGAGGCUCGAGCGACAGUUUGAUGCGAUAAGGAGCACGGAAAGGUUCGUGUUCGGGAAUCUUGGAGGCUUCCAAAAUCGGUAGUUCGACCAGCUUCAGACCGUAUUUCUCGGCCUGAGUCGUCCAGUUGACAAUUGCAUCGUCAACCAGCUUCGAAGUCACGUUGAACCAGGAUAGUUCGAGAUGGUAGCAGUUUUCCGGGUUAUGCAGUCGAUCGUAAUGCAGGUUGAUGAUCUCGGGCCGGUUCGACCGUUUGCGGUGGUCGACGUCAAUCCGGAUCAUUUUGCUCAGGGUUACGGUUCGUCUUUUUCGGUCUCCCAGCGACUUGCCAAGCUCUGAUCCUAUCUGUGCUUGGAAGGUCAGGUUGGAGCCUGAUCUUGAUCGUCCAGAAACCAAUUCCCUCGCUGGAUGUUCUGAGAUAGGAGUCGGAGGAACUGAUCGAUCGGAUCGUCGACUUGCUGGGAACCAGGACUGUCUCGCUUCUGGCCGCUGAAUCCGCCAUUCGGGUUUGAUGGAGUAGAAGAAAUUCCCGUCUUUGAACUUGUGUCGGCUGUUGACGUGCUCGAAGAGACCUUCCGUCAUCAGUUCGUUGCCGAAGUCAACAGCUUCCUCGCGAGUAUCAAUAUCUCUGAAGUUGUGAACGAGCCAGUUCGUCAAGUCUUCGCCGGAGAAGCAACUGUAGUGCAGUCGCCAAUGCCAUCGCCUGUUCUUGAUCUCGAUCCCUUUGUCGCUUUGUAU